UUGCAUGUGCGGUUGGGAGUUUGGUUCGGCCUUGUUGCGUGUCGAACAGAUAUGAAGUACUCUCAUAAAUAGAUUAGAUUUUCGUAACAAUGACGGUGCUUACAAAGCUGAUGCCGCCUUUGAGUCUGCUUGUAUUUAGUUCUUUUCUUAUGUGCAGAUUUACACUCUGCGAAGAGAAGGCACCAAAAAUAGAAUUGGACACUGUGGAUCACAAGGGAGGUGUCCUUGGAAUCUAUGAUGGAAAGGAGUUUGUCUUCACAGGAAGCAAGUACAGCUUGGUGAUGCUCUCUAAGUUACUAUGGCGAUAUGGUUAUGAUGUUAUUCGGUUGAAUUUUUUUAUUCAGGAUUUACUGUCCAAGUUCAGUAGAAUUUAUGAUCUGCAAGAUCAAGGCAUGGCCUUCACCUCCACCAGUGGUUUGCUUAAAGCCAUGUCACCAAAGUUUGAAGAGAUGACCCACAUAUCCACCAAAGCAGCUCUUUCAGAAGCUGGCUUCUCUGAGAAAUUCAUUAAAGAACUCGUAGGAGGAGCUCUCAUGUCUAAUUAUGGACAGACAACUAAUGUUCAAGGUUUUGUAGGUUCGGUCAGCAUUGCAGGGGCUGAGCCAGGACUAUGGUCAGUAGAAGGCGGUAAUAAUAGAGUACCUGAGGGGUUAAUUAAGGAGGCAAAGGUCAACCUUAAUAUGGCAGUAGUGACAGAUAUCACACUGACAGGAAAACAGUACGAGGUCCAAUAUCUGAACAAAGAUUCUUCAAGUCCAGUGAAGAAAGCUUAUGACAUAGUCAUCAUAGCCACUCCUUUUCACCAAGAUUCAAAGAAGGUGAACUUCCAUGGUUUUCCCGAGACACCAAAAACCUAUCAAGAUUUCCAUCGCACUGUAGCUACAUAUGUAAGAGGUGUGCCUAACAUUAGCAAGUUUGGUCAGCAGAGGUUGGACGACUUACCUACAGCAAUAUUAGUCAGCAAUCCCAACCUUAUUUUCAAUAGUAUAGGGCUCCAAAGACCAGUCGAUAAAAAGUAUAGAAAUCCAGAUGGGACCGUUGAUAAAUCACAUCCAGUUUAUAAGGUAUUCUCUCAAGAACCACUAAGUGAUGAGCAGUUGGGCGAAUUGUUUACUACAAUAGAUUCUAAGGAUGUGGUAGACUGGAUGGCCUACCCCCAUUAUAAAUCAUCAGAAAAGUUACUAAAUUUCCAGCUUCAUGACCAGAUGUAUUAUUUGAAUAGCAUUGAGCUGGCAGCAUCCUGCAUGGAAACCAGUGCCAUAGGUGGACGUAAUGUGGCUCUCUUAGCCUAUAACAGGUGGUUUGGCAUUCAGGGUAAAAUUGACAAUCUUCCCAAAACAUCUGGUGGCAAAACAGAGCUGUAAUGCGUUAUUCCAAAUUCAAGUUGUUGGAUUUAGAUUAUUUAGAUGUAGUGUGGGGCAACUGCACUGCUACAAUUAGAAAUGUAAGUUUAAAAGGGCCAGUAAUAUAUGGAUAAAUGAGCAGUUGUGUUUUAUUGCCAAGAACAUCAAUUUCUUACCAAAACCGACAAUAUUUGUCAAUAAUCAUUUGCUGUUGAUGAAACCAGUACUUGUAUGUGGAACUUUGAAUUAAGCCUUUUGUGAUACUCUUCCACAUCAUUAUGAAAGUAGGAUGAUUGUAAAUUUUCGUAUUUAAUAGUUACAAGCUGCUUACUUGAAAAUGUAAAAGAGAAUGAUAUGAAGAAUCCAUUCCAUGCUUAUUGAAUUCAACCCACCAAUCUUAACUGAAUGACACACCUGCUCCUUUUUCUAACAAACUCAUAUAAUCAUCAACCAAUCUGUAUUCUACUUAACGGCAAGAAGAAGUGUGUCAUUCAGUUAAGCUGAUUGCAGUCAGCGAGAGUACCCUAAUAGUUGGGCUGAUUCAUGAAGAUCAAUGGUGUGUAUGGGAAUGAGCCUACUGGAUACAGGUGAAAUAUACCUGGGCAAUGAUCAUGUUAAAAUAUAAGAUGAUAGAAUAAAUGAAAAAAAUAUUCAUAAUCACAAUAUAUUUUUUACUCUGAAUGUAGAUACCUUACUUUAAUGACACGACUGAAACAGAACUUACAGAAUUGAAGAUAUAGAUAUAACUGAUCCAUACACCACUUACAUAAGUCAAAAUCAAAUAGGGCAUAACAUAAGCUUUAAAAGGUUAACAAUCCUACAGAUACUUCUUUUUCUGAUUAUAUAUAUUGUAAACAAUCUGUGGUCAAGCGCUGUAAAAGACAAUGGUGUCCAUGUGGAAAAAUAUAACCAAUUAACAUAUCAUUUGUGGUUAGCAUGCUGCUUUCUGAUGAAUGUAUGCCAUUGAAGAAAAACAUUUUCAACAUUAAAUAAUUCUGUACAGUGACAAUAAAUAUUAUAAUGAUUACCAAUCACAAGACACAUGACAUAAAAAGUACCUUAUAGUCUAUGCACACCUGUAACAUUCAAAAUAUGAAAGAGCUUGUCAAAUAAAAAGAUGAAAUUCUUUAAUUUAUUUCUGUAACAUCCCUGAUGAAAUAAACACUAAAUGACUCAUUAAACAUACCAUUAUCUGAAUAAUAGACUUUUUCUGAAUUAUUAACUGAAUGAAGCUUGCAAGGAAAGCUAACAAAAGAAUAUCUAUCUAUCUAAACAAAUGCUUGUAAGCAACUUUAAUUGUUCGUAAAUAAUAUUAUAUUUAUAAUUAUAUGUUUAUAUUUAUAUGUUCGUAAAUUAUAUUUAUAUACUCAAAUGCAUUCCAUGCUAAACAAAACUGUUGAAUAAACAAAAAAAAUUAGGAAACCUUUAAUCGCACAUAAGCAUGCACAACAUAAAUAGUGCAACUACAUAACUUACAGUCUGUGGUAAUACCUAAAAUUGCACUCUUGAUAGUAUGUCUUCCAUUAUGUAUUUUAACACCUGUAUAACAACAAUAAUGUCUCAUACAUCUUAUCACUCUUAAAUGUACUUUCUCAAACAUGGUUUAACUUUAUAUCUUUAGAAGAAUAUCUUUUCUAUGCAUGUAUUCUCAUGCAAAUCUAUAGUAGAUAUUGUUGAAUUAAUGAAGAU